GCAAGCAGAAAGCACACACACAAUAUGUGUUGGCUCGCAAAAAAAAAAAGGGAGGCAGGAGGCUUUCAAAACCAAUGUAAUGUAACCAGCCAAAUGUGAAAAGGCGCUCGCCAUUCGCGGCAAGGAGACGAUCGGCCACCGAAUAACAAUGUCUUUCAAAGAGAUCAAGGCAGGAGAAAAAGCGAAGCACACAGAAGACCAUGGCAAAAAACAGAGUUCAAGUUGGAUCAACGGAAUGGAAAGCAGCUCCCAAGCUAGCACCUCUGCCGAGAGAAAAAAUCACCAUUGCAAAAGUUACAAGUUGAUUAUUGACCCAGCUUUGAAAAAAGGACAGCACAAACUCUAUCGUUACGAUGGGCAACAUUUUAGCAUUCCUAACCCUGGUCUUGCCCCAGUGGAUUGUGUCAGAGAUCCCAGGAUAGGACGAAUAUGGACCAAAACCAAAGAGCUGGAGCUUUCUGUCCCUAAAUUUAAGAUUGAUGAAUUUUAUGUGGGGCCAGUGCCUCCCAAGCAAGUUACAUUUGCCAAGUUGAAUGACAAUAUCCGUGAAAACUUCCUAAUGGACAUGUGCAAAAAAUACGGUGAAGUGGAAGAAGUGGAGAUCCUCUACAACCCUAAGAACAAGAAGCACCUUGGAAUUGCCAAAGUGAUCUUUGCCACAGUCAAAGGAGCCCGAGAAGCAGUACAGCACCUGCACAACACCUCUGUCAUGGGCAACAUCAUCCACGUGGAGCUGGAUACGAAAGGUGAAAAACGUAUGCAUUUCUAUGAGCUUCUUGUAAAUGGACUCUACACUCCUCAGACUCUUCCUGUAGAGAAUGAGCCGGAUGCAUCACCCACAGUGAAUGAAUCUCUGCAGUUGGCUGAUACUCUGAAACGCCUAAAAGACAGUAGCCUUUCUUCUGUGGGAUCAUCGGCUACCCCAAACAGUAGCACCCCAUUUUCCCAGGAUACAGCUUUUUCCAGUUGUCGGCAAGACACCCCAAACUCUUACAGCCAAUUUACCCCACAGUCCCAGGGAACCCCUCUCACCCCGCGCAUGGGCACUCCAUUUUCCCAAGACUCGGCAUAUUCUAGUCGCCAGACAACACCAGCUUACCAUUUCAGACAGGACUCUGGGUAUAAGCCCAGGAGACACGAGACAAAAUUUACAGAUGCUUACAACAGACGUCCAGGUCACCACUAUGUCCAUAAUUCCGCAGGUGCUUUCCGAGGGUCGGAGCAUCAAUUUAAUGCAUUCAAAUCCCAUCAGCAAGAGACUGUGCAAUAUUCCCACACUCCUCCUCUGAGUCACUCGGGGUCUUCAACUUACAAAUCAGCCUUUUCCCCAUACCAAGCACCAGCUACGUAUCCCCAACCUGAAGAACCUCCCCUCCCCCAAACGUCCAGAGAAGUCGAGUACCAGCGACCUCCAUUGCCUCCAACAGAAAUGCCUGUUGAAAGCAGCACUGCUACCACUGCUGAUUUUGUUCCUUUGAAGGAAAAACCUGAGGAGCCGCCACCCCUCCCAGAAUCAAACAGUCUUAAUGAACUGGCUGUGGUACCCUUCUCACAGACUCCAGAAAGGAGUGAGACCCCAGGUACCCCAACUAUGGAAUCUGAAGUUCAACAUAACAGUUUAGACUCAAGGAUUGAGAUGCUCUUGAAAGAGCAGAGAACAAAGCUAUAUUUUCUCAAUGAGCAUGACUCGGACAAUGAGAUUCGAAUGGAAGGAAGCCCAAUCUCCUCUUCUUCCUCCCAGCUUUCCCCAAUCCCAACAUUUGGUUCCAGCUCUCAGCCCAGUCACAGAGCACAAACCCCAUCCUCACGUCCUUCCAGCAUUGGCUUGGAAGAUAUUAGCCCCACACCAUUACCAGAUUCUGAUGAGGAUGAUGAACCAGUUCUUGGAACGGCUUCUCUUUGUCCAAAUUCAAGAGGAACAUUGGAUGCCCCUCCUGUUGACCAGCUGUGUAGGACAUCUAAAACCGAGUCCGCAGAGACUAAAGAAAUGCUGCCUGGUAACCAGAGUCCGGUGUCAGAAAAAAUGGAAGAGUGUCAUCAGUCUUCAGGGGAAGACAUGGAAAUCUCGGAUGAUGAAAUGACCCCAUCUCCCAUCACAAGCACAGAAUGUGCCAAAAACAUUGUGGUGAAUACCUCAGUCAGCAACUCUGCUGUGAUGGCUCCUUCUAUCCCCAUGCCUCCACCUGGGUAUCCUCCCCUGCCUCCACCACCUCCACACCAGCCAGGCUUUCCGAUGCCCCCUCCUCUCCCCCCUCCGCCACCUCCACCAACUCACACAACAGUCACUGUCCCGCCUCCACCCCUUCCUGCCCCUCCUGGGGUCCCACCACCUCAUAUCUUGCCUCCACUCCCUCCGUUCCAUCCUGCAAUGUUCCCCGUCAUGCAAAUGGAUAUGAUCAGCGUCUUGAGCAACCAAUGGGGCGGCAUGUCGAUGUCUUUUCAAAUGCAAACCCAGAUGUUGAGCCGCAUGAUGCAAGGGCAUAACACAUAUCAGUACCACCCUUUCAUGGGAAACCGGAUGCAGUUUGUGAACCUUCCUCCCUACCGACACUUCUCCAUGGGAGCAGCUAUUGGCCGUGGGCAGCCCUGGCCACCUUUGCCCAAGUUUGACCCUUCUGUUCCCCCUCCGGGUUAUGAACCCAAGAAGGAAGAUCCGCACAAGGCCACUGUGGAUGGUGUCCUCUUAGUGAUUGUGAAGGAACUAAAAGCAAUAAUGAAAAGGGAUUUGAACCGGAAGAUGGUGGAGGUGGUGGCCUUCAGGGCAUUCGAUGAUUGGUGGGAUAAGAAGGAACGUCUAGCAAAGGCCUCCCUUACUCCAGUAAAAUCUGGAGAGAAUAAAGAUGAAGAAAAGCCGAAACCAAAAGACCGUAUCACAUCUUGUCUCCUGGAGAACUGGAAUAAAGGAGAGGGUCUGGGCUAUGAAGGGAUUGGCCUGGGCAUUGGGUUACGAGGGGCCAUCCGGUUACCAUCUUUCAAGGUAAAGAGAAAGGAGCCACCUGAAGCUGCCUCAGCUGGAGACCAAAAAAGAAUCCGCCCCUCCACUUCAGUAGAUGACGAAGAUGAAGAAUCUGAACGAGAUCGAGAUCUGCCUGAUGUAACCUCUGACCUCUCCAAGAAGGAUGCUGAUGGCGUUGGCCUUAGAAGGAGACCUGCACGGCCACUAGAACUAGACAGUGAAGGAGAAGAGGAGGAUUCAGGCAAAGAGGAGGAAGAAGAAUCCUCUUCGGAAAAGGAGGCUGAGCAGGAGGAAGGGAAAGGAGUGAUGAAAUCAGUGUCAGACAAGGCAGAGGAGGAGGAAGAUGCCAAUGAAGAGGAAGAGGAGGAAGAUGAUGAUGAUGCUGAGGCAGAAACAAGUGAAAAAGAAGAGGAGCAGGAUUCUGAAGAAGAAGACAUUGGAAGCCCUGCCUCCUCCAGGGCAGAAGUUGAGUCAUCUGAUGAAAGUGAUGAAUCCUCAGAAUUUGGGACGAGUUCCGAUUCUGACGAAGAUGAAGAGGAGGAGGAGGAGGAGGAGGAAGAGGAGGAAGAUGAUGAAGGGGUGUCUAUGGAACAAGGAAGAGAAGCUGUACCCACGGAAAUAACGGUAGAGUCUCUCUCACAAGAGCCUGAGGAUGAUGAUGAGAAGGAGACCAUCCUGGAAUUGUUUCCAGUAGAAGAUGUGGACAUGCAGGGGGCUCCUCUAGCACAGGUGGAACCUUCUGUGCUGGAAGGAGAGGAGCCAAAGGAAGAAGCCCAACAAGUGGAAGAGGAAAAUCGUGAGAUGCCUGAGGAAUCCCUUGCUGCAGAAGUGCUGAUGGUGAUGGAGAGAACCCAAGAGGAGAAGCUACAACAAUCUCCCUCAUGUAUGCCAGUGGAGGAGUCUGAACCAGAUACUGAGCUGGAACAUGAGGUGCUAGAUAGUCCAAAGCCAGAAUCUCAAGAGGAAGAAAACUUCCGUCCACCAACGCCAGUGGGACUGUUCGGAGAUGUCAUGUCCAGCAAAAACUCGUUUUUUACCAAGUCCGAUGAUAGUAGUUCAGAAGCCCAAGCAAAAAGCAAAGUGGAGGAAGAGGAGCAACUCCCUCGAACUCCUGGACGGGAUGUCCUGGCCCAUAUGGAGUCUUCUGUGCUUUCUAUUCACACGUUGCCAUCCUGUCCGCUUCCCCUCCCAUCAGUUGUGUCCAUGAAAGAGGAAUCUUUGCUCCUUCCAGAGAAGUUCCCUGAGCAAUUAACUGUGCCCAAACCAUCAGUAGAGGAAGAGCUCCCACGGACUCCUGGGCGGGACAUUUUAGCCAAGUGCUCCCACAGUCUCUCCAAGUCUCAGAGCACAGACACUGUCCCAGCCACACCCGGCAGUGAGGCUCCUCUCACAGGAAGCAGCUUGACUUUAAGUUCCCCUCAAGUCCCAGGAAGCCCAUUUUCUUACCCAUCCCAGUCCCCUGGGAUCACCAGUGGCAUACCUCGGACCCCAGGGAGGGAUUUCACAUUCACACCUACUUUCCCAGAGCCUGGUGCUACCCUCCCUUGUCUUUUGUCUGUCAAGAAACUCUCUGAGGAUGAACCUGAUGAGAAAAUCUUUAAAGAACCUCUUGGUGCUUCCUUGUUGGUCGGCAUGAACAGCGUUCCCUCCCCUAUUCCCUUUGCCAGCCCUCCUGUCCCAGCUUUCCACACACACAUUGACUUGUCUCCCAACAAGCAAUUACCUCUUGCUGUUCGGCCUUGCUUAUUCAUGGAGUCAAAGAUGUCUUUAGACGAGUGCAGCACAGAUGCAAGAGCUCUUUUGCCCUACCAAGAAGUACCGGCUACAUCUCCACCUCUCCCUCCACCACUUCCCCCUUCAUCCAUCGUGCCCAUCAGAAGGAAACCAGGUCGGCCCAAAAGAUCGUCGCCUCUGGGCCCUAUGUUGGAUGCCUAUUCCAGCAAACCCGUAGAGCCGACUCUUCUUCCAGUUCCAGUUGCCUUGACUGAAAGCGCUGUGAGCAAAGAGUUAUUAAGUAGCCACCCAGAUGCUUUCUAUUCUCUAAAAGACCCAGAGGCCGUUACCCUGGAUUUCAGGAAUGAUGGCUUCCACGACAAGGUAGCACCAGACGUUCUAGCUGAGAAGCUUCCCUUUAAGGAACUGGAGAACCAGUGGAACGAGGACUUCAAAGAAGAAGAAGCGCACCUGAAAUCCAAAAGGCAGUGGAGGCGCCAGAAAAAGAGGCCAGAAGACGUCCCGACGGUUCCUUCUCCUGAAUAUUCCCCGCAUCUAUAUCAGUUUAGGCCCCGCUCUGAGUUUGAGGAGAUGACUAUUUUGUAUGACAUUUGGAAUGGGGGUAUAGAUGAGGAGGAUAUCCAUUUCCUGUGUGUGACAUACGAUCACUUGUUGCAGCAAGACAACGGGAUGGACUGGCUCAACGACACCCUUUGGGUGUACCAUCCUGCAACCAGCUUUUUGACCCCAAAGAAGAAGAAACGGGAUGAUGGGAUGCGAGAACAUGUGACUGGCUGUGCUCGAAGCGAAGGCUAUUAUAAAAUCGACAAGAAGGACAAGCUGAAAUACCUCAACAAUAGCCGUGCAUUUGCCGAGGAACCUCCAACUGACACACAGGGAAUGAGCAUUCCUGCCCAGCCACAUGCUUCCACCCGGGCUGGCUCGGAGAGGAGGUCAGAGCAACGCCGGCUUCUGUCGUCCUUCACCGGAAGUUGCGAUAGUGAUUUGCUAAAAUUUAAUCAACUGAAGUUCCGGAAGAAAAAGCUAAAAUUCUGUAAGAGCCACAUUCAUGACUGGGGACUGUUUGCAAUGGAGCCCAUCGCUGCUGACGAAAUGGUGAUUGAGUACGUGGGCCAGAACAUCCGGCAGGUAAUUGCUGACAUGCGAGAGAAACGCUAUGAGGAUGAAGGCAUUGGGAGUAGUUAUAUGUUCCGAGUUGACCAUGAUACUAUUAUAGAUGCAACCAAGUGUGGAAACUUUGCCAGGUUUAUUAAUCACAGUUGCAAUCCAAACUGUUAUGCUAAAGUCAUCACAGUGGAGUCUCAAAAGAAGAUUGUCAUCUACUCGAAGCAGUACAUCAACGUGAACGAGGAAAUUACCUAUGACUACAAAUUCCCCAUCGAGGAUGUCAAAAUCCCUUGUCUUUGUGGCUCAGAGAACUGCAGAGGGACCCUAAAUUAAACCCUAGGUUUCUUGCCACACAUUGUUUGUGUCUGAACUGUGGUAACCAAGGGUGAUUGCACUUUUGCCAAAAAAGGAGGAAGAAGACAAAGGAAAAAGAGAGAGAAGAAAGCCCAUUCGGCAGUCCUGUGGCAGCAGGAGAAGUGCAGACAACAGACACGCACACUUGGACUCUUCAACUUGCUGGUGCUUUUCAUCUUGAGCUCUGACCCCUCUCCUUCCUCUCCUUCUCCAGCGACGAAAAGUCAGCGGCACCAGAAAUCAAAACACUACCCCUCCCCCACCCGCCUGCUCGGUCCAGAAUGGUGUCGCUCUCAUGAGUAGAGUCAGGUACCUUUUUUUAUUAGAAACGUUCCUCUUUCUGUACAAUGCUGCUAACCUUUUUCUCAUACGUUUUGUUUAUUGGGUGGGGAGGAGAAAAAACAUUUUUUAAAAUGUGAAGCAGAGACUGAAAAAGAGGCCCGUAAGCUCAGUGGAAGUUGGGAUGUUUUUGCACACAAUGCAAGGUGUGAAGGGAGCAUAAGGCUGCAUUUCUGUGCAGGCUGGAGAUUUCGGUUAGGAUUUUUCACGCACAGGGGUCCCCUUUAAAAUGGCCCCAGAUAUGGCAACGUUGAGGUAUUAUUUCCACACUUUUGGUAACUAAUUCAGUCGUGUUCUAUUCAGUUGAAUUUACCGGCCUUCAAAACUGUCUGUACUUAAUUUGACAGAGAGAAAAUAAUGUAAGGAGAGCCCAUCUGGAUGCUCCUGCAUCCUUCUAAGCAAGAUCUGGUGGUCUGGGGCCCAUGUGGUCUUGAUGGCUUUCCUAUCCCACUUCUGUUCUGCUUGCAAGUUCUCCUUGAAGCUACUCAUCAGAUGUGACAGCUUCAUCUGCUACCUGCUGUGCAUGAAGUGUGGUAGACCUCCACACUCUUAAUUCCUGAAGGCCAAGAGGAGCAGGCCUUCUUUAGUCCGUGCAAGCUACCAUCUCUGUUUCUAGCAGGAUUGUUUCCCUUGACCUCGGAUAGUCUGAAUCUUCUGUAAGUAUAGAAGACGAAGGUCAGCUUUUGCUAGGUCUUCAUUGGAUUAAACCAACUUCUUUUUACAAACUCCUUUUCUUGGCAUGCCCAUGGUGUGGCUUUCAAAACUUCCAGUCUUUGAGAAGGCCACAUACAUCUUGCUGAUUUCAGAACCAAUAGCAUUGUCAAGCAGUAACCCUUUUACAUGUUUCUGUCCUCUUCAAUGCCACAGCGUGAUCCAUCAGGAGCUUCUCCUACACAGGUGCCACUGAAAUGAAAUGUGGGUGCUGGUGCAAGAGAAAGUUCCUUUGGGAAAUGUGGUGAUGCUUAUUAGCUGUCACUCUGCUGGUUACUUUUGGUCAGAACUUGCAACAGCUCUUUGGCAUAGCAGUUGUCACAUUCACACGCACACUGUAUCUAGCAUGCACUACACACUCACACAUACUAUAAUUGGGGUAAAAGAGAAUAAGUGCAUAGUUGAAAACUUAUAGAACUUUGAUGAGAGAGAUUCGUGAAAGUUUUUUUUUGUUCACAGAAGAGUGCAUAUUUAAAACAAAAGUUCAUUUGGAGUCCCUCAGACCUGUGUAGGCUUUCCUUUCUUGGAAGGCUCUGGGUUUAAUGGAAAGAACUCGAGUUAAGAUAGUCAGCUAUGCUGACCUAUCCCAGAGAAGGGAGCAUCUUCAUGAAAUGAAGAACAACCUUAUCUAGGUUGCAAUAACUGGCUUCCCUUCAGGCCUCUCACAAGGAACCUUACCCCGUUCCCAAACAGAGUGCCAAAAUCUUUUCAGCCUUAUCCCUAGCCUUAUGCUUCACAGACUGACUUCAGCAUUGUUUCCACUGCUACUACCUUGUACGCAUUCUCUGUGCUUGAAAUCUCCAGCCUGCCUGUGUCCCUUUUGCUUGAUUUCACAUACCGUCUCCCCCCAGCCCUGCUUUCCAGAUUGAGGUGUAUACAUCGUAGGGGUUUGGGAGGGAACCAGCUCCACCUGGUAGAUAUUUAUACUGUCAAAGCAGCUUAUUUCUAUACAUGAAAUACUUUUAAAACUCUGAUGGAAAGUUGUUUCAGUUCUAUCAUUUGUGACCUAUUUUCAGGGAUCAUUUCAAUGCAUUUCUGUAUUAAACUUUUUUUUAAAAAAGAGAAUUACAAUUUGAAGUUGGACACAUCAUCUGUACAUAGGCAACUGUUCAGACUCUUCUCUUCAAACACUGUUUCUUGUAGAAACAUGUUGAUUUUUAUUUUAUUUUGUUUUUGGCUGUUUCCUUUGUACUUCAGAAGCAUGUAAAUAAUUCGUUUAAAGUGACUAUGGUAGUUUGGAGUGCUUUUUAAAAAAAAGUGCCAGCACUGAACAUCACAAAAAGUGGCAGAUGAGGCUGGGAGAAAGCUGGCUGCAUUUACAGCUUGUGUCAAGCUAUGUAUAAUGUAAAUUCUGUACAAAAGAACUUUUUUGUCAAAUGCAUAGAUCAAACUAGAAAGAGUAAGAAUCUGAAGAUUUAAAAAAAAUUGCCAAGUUUGAGGCUUUUUUUAAUUUGCCUUUCUGAUACCUUAAUGUGCAAAUCUAUUUAUUUCAGACAAGAAUGUGUAUAGUCUAUUAAUGACAACCUAAAAUGUAUUUAAGCAGAUCUGCAACUUUUGUUUUUCAAAUUUAAUCUUCUAUUUUAUAACUUUCCUCCUUGAUUACCGACAUAGUAUUUGUAGAAUUGUGGAAGGAUCUGGAGCUCCAAAGUGCUCCAGGGGACAUGCGUAGCUCCACGUGAGCAGAGGCAUUAUCAUCAAAAAGGCAGGCCCUGCUUGUGUGAAGCUCUGUGUGUACGAUGAGAGCACUUGCCUUCACACCAGAGUUGCUUGAUCAAGACAGUUGUUUGGGAGUCGGGGUAGGGAGGAGAACAAAAGAUACUCACAAUUCAGAAGGUUAUUCUUCAAAAGGAAAAUUUGUGGAGGGGAGUCCCCUGGUCCUGAUUAUUCCUGUCUCAUGGAUUCUCUAGAAAGAGUGGUUUUUAAUUCGCAGUGUGAAAUAUAAGGACCUCCUUUAAAAGGAGGAACGAAAAUGGUUUGCAAUAAACAUCUCCUUUUUAUGUUCCUUUGGAAAAAAAAGUUAAAUCUCAACUUUUGAGAUUUAGAAUCUUUUAAAAAUUUUGUUCCCUUUUGUUUUAAACAACUGUAUAAAUUUAAGAUUGUUCUGUGCAUCUAGGCUCUGUCAUCGAUAUGUACCUUGUUUUGAAGAACGUGUUUUUUUUUUUGUGGGUGUGUCAUGCUGUACAUAUUUGUUCAUAUUUUUUUGUGAAUUGAAUACUAUGUACCAUUGUAUUAUAGUAACUUUUAUAAAGCAAACCAUAAAUAUACUGACUUUUCUUACAGAAAACCUGUGCUUUUGGUUCGUUUCUCAUUAACAAUAAUUAGUUUCUCAUGAAUAAUAAAACUUCUGUUGGAGAUGUACAAGGGAUACUAUUUUAAAUCAUUAUCAAGGAUGAAAUAUCUGAGUACGUGUUAAGAAGAAAGAUGCCUAUGGGGCAAACGUGUUGUAGUGGUUUGAUUGGACGACUGGGAUCUGGGAGGGACAAUCUGCCAUGGAAGCUCGUUGGGGGGUCUUGGGCCAGUCAUACAGCCUAACCUUCCUCACAGGGCUGUUGUGAGGAUAAAAGUGGAAGAGAGGAAGAAUGUUGUAAGCCACUUUGGGUCUCCACUAGGGAGGAAGGCAGGGUAUAAAUGAAGUAAAAUAACUGUUCUCCCUCUGAGGCUGAGGACAUCUUGAUGGGUGAUUCCCACCCUCUAGUCAGGGAGGCAGGAGCAAGUUUUCUACUUCCUGUCUUCCUAGUGGGAGUCACCUUUUCUUUCAGCUUCA